CGCUCGGGGUCCGGCUCGUCGCGGAGUUUCUGCGAUUGCGCUGGCCGCGCCACAGCAGCGGCUACCGAGGCUCAGCCGUGUCGUGGUGCGGGGGGGCGGGAGCGUCGUCGGUGCCUGUCCGGUUCUUCUCCAUGGGGGUGGGCCUUUGUGCCCAGCCCUUUCCUGCUCUUCUUGGCCUCCUUUACCGGGCUGAAGAUGGACUGACAGCACCGGGGCUUGGUGUAGGCGGGCUGGCGGUCUGACGGGCGGGCAGCUGCCUGGUCCUGGCCGCCUGCCUUGCGGGUGGUCGGUCUGUCGGUCACUGCGUUGGUGGGGGCGGUCGUUGGAGCUUCCCCGCCGCCCCCGCCAUGAACUACCCGCACCACCAACAGCAGCAGCAGCAGCUGGCCAACUCGGCGGCCAUCCGGGCGGAGAUCCAGCGAUUCGAGUCCGUUCACCCCAACAUCUAUUCCAUUUACGAGCUCCUGGAGCGGGUGGAGGAGCCAGCUUUGCAGAACCAGAUACGGGAGCACGUCAUCGCCAUCGAAGAUGCCUUUGUAAAUAGCCAGGAAUGGACACUAAGUCGAUCUGUUCCAGAACUCAAAGUGGGAAUUGUGGGAAAUUUAGCUAGUGGUAAAUCUGCUCUUGUACAUCGAUAUCUGACUGGGACGUAUGUCCAGGAGGAGUCACCAGAAGAUAUGGAUGCAGGUGGAAGAUUCAAGAAAGAGAUAGUGGUUGAUGGACAAAGUUACCUGCUGCUGAUAAGAGAUGAAGGGGGUCCUCCAGAAGCACAGUUUGCUAUGUGGGUGGAUGCUGUUAUAUUUGUCUUCAGCCUUGAGGAUGAAAUUAGCUUCCAGACUGUAUACCACUACUAUACCCGUAUGGCCAACUAUCGCAACACUAAUGAAAUACCAAUGGUCCUUGUGGGAACUCAGGAUGCUAUAAGUUCCAGUAACCCUCGUGUCAUUGAUGAUGCGAGAGCACGGAAACUGUCAAAUGAUUUGAAGAGAUGUACAUACUAUGAAACCUGUGCUACCUAUGGACUGAAUGUGGAGAGAGUCUUUCAGGAUGUUGCACAGAAGAUUGUUGCAACAAGGAAAAAACAGCAGCUUUCGAUAGGUCCUUGUAAAUCAUUACCAAACUCUCCAAGCCACUCAUCUGUAUGUUCAGCCCAGGUCUCUGCAGUACAUAUCAGCCAGACCAGUAAUGGAGGAGGGAGUUUAAGUGAUUAUUCUUCCUCUGUCCCAUCUACUCCAAGCACCAGCCAGAAGGAGCUACGGAUUGAUGUUCCACCUACUACUAACACGCCAACACCUGUCCGUAAACAGUCCAAGCGCCGCUCCAACCUUUUUACAUCUCGGAAAGGGAGCGACCCAGACAAAGAGAAGAAAGGAUUGGAGAGCAGAGCAGAUAGCAUUGGAAGCGGCCGUGCAAUCCCAAUUAAACAGGGUAUGCUGCUAAAGCGGAGUGGCAAGUCACUAAAUAAGGAGUGGAAGAAGAAAUACGUCACUCUGUGCGACAAUGGAGUCCUAACGUACCACCCAAGCUUACAUGACUACAUGCAGAAUGUUCAUGGAAAAGAAAUUGAUCUUCUUCGAACCACAGUUAAAGUUCCAGGAAAGAGGCCACCUCGCGCCACAUCAGCAUGUGCGCCCAUCUCCAGUCCAAAAACAAAUGGCUUGUCCAAAGACAUGAGCAGCUUACAUAUCUCACCAAACUCUGGAAAUGUGACUACUAGUACAUCUGUGUCUCAGAUGACAAGUGGCAUCAGCCUGGUUUCCUUUAACAGUCGACCUGAUGGGAUGCACCAGCGUUCCUAUUCUGUUUCCAGUGCUGACCAGUGGAGUGAAGUGACAGUUGUUGCAAACUCAGGCAUCAGCAGUGAUACUGGCUUGGGAGAUUCUGUGUGUUCCAGCCCCAGUAUAUCUAGUACCACAAGUCCUAAACUGGACCCUCCUCCUUCCCCUCAUGCAAACAGAAAAAAACACCGCAGGAAGAAAAGCACUAGCAAUUUUAAGGCUGAUGGUAUAUCAGGCACUGCCGAAGAACAAGAAGAAAACUUUGAAUUUAUCAUUGUGUCACUUACUGGUCAGACUUGGCAUUUUGAAGCAACAACAUAUGAAGAAAGAGAUGCUUGGGUCCAAGCUAUUGAGAGUCAGAUACUGGCCAGCCUGCAGUCAUGUGAGAGCAGUAAGAAUAAGUCCCGACUGACAAGUCAGAAUGAGGCCAUGGCCCUUCAGUCAAUACGAAACAUCAGAGGCAAUUCUCGCUGUGUGGACUGUGAGGUACAAAAUCCUGACUGGGCAAGCUUAAAUCUGGGAGCACUCAUGUGUAUCGAAUGCUCAGGGAUACACCGAAACCUUGGCACACAUUUGUCACGUGUCCGUUCACUUGACCUGGAUGACUGGCCUAUAGAACUCAUCAAAGUAAUGUCCUCCAUUGGAAAUGAGUUAGCAAACAGUGUGUGGGAAGAAAAUACCCAGGGACGUACAAAACCCUCUCCAGACUCAACAAGGGAAGAAAAGGAGCACUGGAUCCGAGCAAAAUACGAACAGAAGCUCUUCCUUGCCUCACUGCAAUGCUUAGAGCUCUCCUUAGGCCAGCACCUGCUAAGAGCAACUGCGGAGGAAGAUUUGCGAACUGUCAUCCUGCUUCUUGCACAUGGGACACGAGAAGAAGUGAAUGAAACCUGUGGAGAUGGGGAUGGACGUUCAGCCUUACAUUUAGCUUGUAGGAAAGGAAAUGUAGUGUUGGUGCAGCUCCUGAUCUGGUAUGGUGUUGAUUUUAUGGCCCGUGAUGCCCAUGGAAAUAGCGCGUUGGCCUAUGCCAGACAAGCAGCAAGCCAAGAAUGCAUUGACAUCCUCCUGCAGUAUGGUUGUCCAGACGAGCGCUUUGUUCUCAUGGCUACACCUAAUUUGUCCAGGAAGAACACUAACAAGAACAACAGCAGUGCGAGGAUGCCCACCAUCAUCUGAACAAUUGGGUUCUUGUUUUCUGGCAUUACUAACAUGAACACCUCAUAUUACGCAUAACUUUGACAGCAGAGUCUAUAAAAUAUUCCAUCUCCUUUUCUCUUCAGUCUUCACUUUCUCCAGGAGAAAAAUUGCCUGGAUAUUGUAAAGAGACAAAAAAGAGAAAAGAGGACUGCAGGAACCAUUUGUUUUAAUCAAAAGAUCUUGAAUGAUGAAACUGUAAAAGGGAGGGAAGACAAAGAGAGGUCAUGGAUUUACUAAUGGUAACACAUGACAUGGGACCAUUUGAUUGGGCGUCUCUAGGCAGGGCUCUUACAAGUACCGCAUGAGAGUUACUGGAGGGAGACAGCAGAGGGAAGAGGAGAAGGAAUUGUAACUUUCCUUAACUGACAGUUAAGCACAUUAGUACAUUUCACCUCCACCAAACUGAACAUUUGGAUUUCAUUCUCUUUUCCGAAGAGCUUGACGGCAUAAAUCAGAGGCAAGCACAGAGUUUGUCAGGUUUGAAGCUCCUAUGAUGGUAUGUGUCAAAUCAGUUGUAGCUAAUCUGUCCAGGGAGAAUACUGGCUUCAUUACACUUGUAUAGUUGAGUUCUUCCAGCAUUACUGCUGUUUAAUAGAACAUGAUUAGUCAUCACGGAGAAAAAAGCAUAUUAGCUGAGGAGGUAGUUACAUGGCACGCUUCGGUGAUUGCUUGGAUGUGAUUGCAAUAUUCUUAGAAGCAUCAUAUUAUCUCAGACAUGUUCUUUCAAGCCCUUGGAGCCCUCCUUUCUAAAUUCACUGUCAUAAUUUAGUAUCUGUUUAAUUUUUCAGUCGAAAGAGAGGAAAUCAGUUGCUGAGUGUUAUUUGACUGCAGCCUCCUUGGUGUAAAAACAGAAUGGAAAAAAUAAAUAAGAAAAGCUAUGAAAUGCAAAAAGGAAUAAUGAAUACUGCUAAGGAAAUGAUAUUUGAAGUACAUUUAUGAAAAUAACUACAUAAAAGGCUAUUUUUCAGUCAUGAAAAAUACACUGUCACUUUGGCCAAGGUAACUGUGUUGAAUUUUGGUCAUUCUUGUGGUGCAUUACCUAAGUUAUAUAGAUUUUGUGUUGUGUCCUUAGGUUAUAUGUAUAUAAAAAUCUAUUAGAAUUUUUAAACAUUUAUGCAUAUGCAUUGAUUUUUUCACAAAGCAAAUACAUUCUUUAAUUUAUAAACUGUAAUUGAUGCAAAAUAACGUGCAUGUAGUUAGGAUCUAAGGGAUCACAUAUUAUAGUGAUAGAUCAUGAAAACAUUCCUAGCAAAAAUAGGUUUUUAUUCCUUUGAUGAAGAGCAUAUCUGAUGAAGGUUUUAGCACAUGUUUACAGGAAAUGUGCAGAGAAAUAUGGUUUGGAAGGACAGGUCGUUGUCUUCCAGAAGCACAAACAGCUCUUCAUUUUAUGUUUCAUGCUGUUGUUGUGGAGAAUGACUGGGAACCCUGUGCAGGGUGUUCCAGUAUCGGACUAUUCCAUACAUACCCAAAACAUGGCCUGCCGUUCCUCUUUAAAAUGAGCAUGGCUUCUUGUUUUCCAAUGUGGAUCUCAUGGCAUGGGAUGACUUCUGUGAGGGGACCUGUACUUAAUUCUAGAUGACAAUUACUAUUUCAGUUCUGUUAGCACUAUGACUCUGAACUGAAAGGCACGACGAGGAAAAAGAGCAUGUUGUAGAGGAUUAACAUUUCUUACAAUUGAGCAGAAAUAGAGUACAGGCUUCUUUUAAAUCAGAUGAAUAUACAGUCUCCAAUAAGAGACUAUACAUUUCCCUGCUUUUAACAGUCCCAUUGCUUGAGGCUGUUAUGUUUCCCUUUAAGUAAAACUAAUUGUAGAAAAUACAACCUAGAAAUGUUCUUUGUUUUGAAGGGAAGGGAUAAAAUGUGCCAUUCCACCCAAAAUCAGAGAAGCCUCAGUGCCACAGACAGGAAUGUUUAACUGGUCAACUUACUCCCUUUUAUUUGGCUGUGAGCAAAACAGACCUCUUUCCCUUUCAUUGCAAUUUCAUGACAUGCAUGUACAUUUGUACAUAUUCAAGCAAAUAGUACUUUAAGAAUAGCUUCCUCAUUAGCACUUCUUAUUUGACACUAGCUGUUGGCCCAUGUCUUCAUUUCAUCCAUGAACAGCCAAGUUUACACAUUCAUCAGAGCCUGGGGCAGCAGAACAUCCACUAUUUAUGGGGAGUUGAUGUGAAGGACUCCUUUACUGGGCAAGGGGCAAUUUGCUUUCCUUUAUCCUGGCAAGUUAGUAAAGCAAGGCUUCAGGAAAGGCAUUUUAAGGGUACAGAAAGUAAUUACUGUGUCUUGACUUCAUUUGGGGUGCUUUCAAGCAUGACCUUUGUGAAGUAGCUGCAACCUCACGUGGUGGAUGCAGCUCAUAUCACCUUGUCCCGAGUUUCAGUAGAUUGAAUGCAUCUUUCUUGUUGUGGCUAUCUAACACCUUUGAAAUGUAGGUCCAAAGCAGAAACGCUUUCUCAGCGCUACCCAUUUCAGCUACCGUGCUUGUCUUCCAAUAUCACCCCCCCCCCCCACAAGUAACUAUGUCUAAAAUAAUGGCAACCUUGUAAUGAUCACCUUGAGCUCUUGUAGCAUGCAACAGUAAAUGCUUUUGUAAGGGCAACAAAGCCAUGUUCUGAACGGAAUGUCAACAUAUCACCUAGCUACAUUCCACCACGUUUACAUAUUUCAUUUGCAAAGCUUUGUUCCUUGCAAGGAAGAUUUGCAAGAGGGUAGUAUCUUUUGGAAGUGAGUGUGUAUCAUUGAAAAUGUGGUAGAUUUUACAAGCCCAGGGUGUUAGCCUUUCACUGUAGCUAGAGCAUUGGCAUAAUUGUGUUUGGACUAGCUGUUCUCCUUGACCUACUGACAGUGUCAAUGCUUUAAUAGAUUGUGGGGUAAUUUAACAUUCUGAAUGCAGAUAUUUUAAGGGAUUUCUGCAGGGAAGCAUCAUAUGCCUAUCCAUUUUGUAGCAUUAAAAACAUUAGGAAAAGGAAGUUCAUCUUUAGGUUGUCUGAAUCAGUGUGAUGGUAGAAACCCAGGGAUCUUUUCAUACACAUAAUAAUUUUAUUUUCAUAUAUAUUUUAAUGCUAUAUGUAAUCACUUUUUGCUUCCUCCCUUCCAUUAGGAGUGUGCACAUGAGGGUGUUAACACUCAUAUUAAAUACAUACUGGUGUGUGUGGGUGCACGUGUGUGCAUGUGUGUGUAUAUCCUAAUAUUGCUGAACGUUAGACAUUUGCACAGCAUUUACAUAUAUGGUUUGCUGAAAGUAGUUUUAAAACUAUUGUGCAGGAAGGGUUUUUGGAACUUUGAUGUGAAUCAUAUAGCAGUAGCAAUCUCAGGCCUGUGUGAACCUCCAGUCUUUGCUAAUGAUUGCACAGUAUGGCAAGUAUGUUUGUUGCAUAGACUAGCUGGUCAUACUUUGAAUCAAAUAUAGUCCUGCAUAUUAUUCCGGAUUCCUUCCUGAAUUUACACAUAGGAGAGCAGUAAUCGAUGUUUACCAAAUAUUUCCAAUAGUUUUCAUGGUUCAUAAAUUUGUCAGCUGUCCAGCAGGAAUUUGAUUGCAAUUAGAAAUGAGAAUUCAUUGACAAAAAGUACUUCUAGGAAUGGAUCUGUACUGAAAUGCCUCUUGAGAGCAUAAGAAGAAAAAUACAUUUUAAAAGAAAGCAGUAAUUGUCUAACUAUAUAUCUCUUUCUUAAUUCACCUACCUCUGUGCCUUUGUUUCUUAGCUACCCUUCCUUCCUUUGUAAAACACAGCCUAUUCACCAAAAUGACUGAAUCCUAGGAGUAUAUGUGCAAAUUAAGAUGCAAUUAAAAUAUUGUCGAUAAGAAAUCGCAGUAGGGAUCAUCUGGAGAGCUAAAUCAUUCUCCUUGCUCAAAAAUGAGUCUGUUGUGAAUAUUGUUAACGUCCUUCACUUAAAUUAGAUUCUUACCUUCCACUUUUAACCAUUAAAUGCAGAGCAAUUGGCCUUUCUAAUCACCAGUUGAUGUUGCACUGUGGAAAUCAGGUUGCCAGCUGUUGAAAUAAAACAUUGUGGUACCAGGUUGGGCUUGCCAGUGGUAGCCAUACAGAAAAUUUCAUUCAGCUAUAGUAUAUGCCUUUGGAUAGGCAUACAGUGCCUCAUGCUGUCUGACCACACACCUAUGCAACUGUCAGAAGAGAUGAACUAACCUACAAGCAGAGUCCAAAACUCAAUAAAGCAACAAGCAGCUUGUAAAAUUGUAUGCAUACUUUGCAUGGUGAUGGCAUUGAACAUUCAAAAAACCUAUUUUUCGGAUUGAAACUGAGCAUCAAAAAUAUUUACCCAUUUGAUUAAAGCUGAAACUACUGUCAAGGACUAUGAGUGGCUCCAUAGGAAAAAACUCUAAAAUCUCCCAUCUCCUUUCCUUUCAUAAAUGCAUGUAUGAACGUACAAGACCAAAACUGACUUUUGUUUCUCUCUCUGUCUUGUGCACGUGUACUAUACACAGCAAGUUUGACCUGUCUCCUCUAACAAGGAGCAUAGUACUAUACAGCUGUGGCUGAUCCCAGGCGGGCCAAUGAAUAGUUACCAGGCUGGCAGUGGGGACUCGCCCUCUGGAGGAAGAGCUGAGUGGCCCUGCUGGCAGCGUCACAUCCCCAGACGGGCAGUGGCAAUGGCGGUGCACUUCCUCUGCGCUGCCUCCCUGCCCCAUGCCACGCCCAGCAGCUGCACCGCACUCACCAUCCCUCUCGUGGGACGUGCGCAGCGUCCCAGCCGGCAUCCAGAAUGGCUCCAUGGGAGCCACACAGUCAUCGGGCUGCUUUCCUGGCUAGAACAGUUGGUGCAACCAGGAACUACGGCCAGGCACUACGGCCAACUCGAAUGUCCUGUGCACAGGCUAGAGCUGCUCAGGCAAGCACACUUGUUCCUCUGCCUGCCCGUGAUGCAAGCAAACAGUCUUUCUUUCUCCUCUUUCGUCGGUAGCCUGGAACCUAAAUCCCUCCCCACCUUGUCAAGGUGGCCGGGAGGAAAUGUGGUCCCAUGGCAGCCCUAUAUGUAAUGAUAGCAUGAAUUCACAUGUGCACCUUCAGAGGUGGCUAGAAAAUCAAAGGAUGUCUUUGGUCCAAACUGAAUUACAUGAUGUCUGUUAACAUUCAGGAGUCCAAUCUUAAGUGUACGUUCCAGUUAAACAGAAUUCUGUGUCAGCUCAUAGCAUCUCUCAUGAGUUUAGCCAUGUCCACGCAUCUAAUUCUAUGGUCUCUGCUCCAUACCUUAUAUAUGUUCACUAUAAAAGGAUACUGAAUAGCAUAAUGUAGCAUGGGUUGUGAGGCCUAUACUGACCUCCAUUUUUCUGGCAAGCUUGCUUUUGCAUAUUUUAAAAUGACUAGGAAAAUGAAAUAUGGAUAUAAUAAAUGUCAAGCACAGAUUUUGUUAGUAGAAUUUAUAACUACUGUCUUGUAGAUCCAUGUUUAUUUGCUUUAGCUGUAACUGCUUGAGAAUGCACAUGUAAAGGACCAAACAUUUGGUCAUAUUUUUGUGAAAGAAAAUUAUUACAAUUCCAUUUGCCAAAUUUUAUUUUUAAAGAUCUUUAAUGCCCCACCAUUUCUUUUUUUCAACAGAAAUAGGAUAAGGAGAGACAAUUUUCCUUUUUGCUUCUGUAGUCCAAUAUUUCUAGUAUAUUUUAGAUUCUGUAAUUUAUACAAUUAUAAUAUCUAUUGUGUGAAAUAAUACAUACAAUUAUGUGAAAUAAUAACUUUUUAAAUUACUAAGCUUAGUGCACAAUCCUAUGGCUUUCUGACAUCUUUGAGGAAACCGCAGAAUUUUUCAGUGUCCAAAGACAGGGCUUGACUUUGAAGGCUGAGUCCUCACCCUGCCACCUCAGAAGCAACCCAGAAAGAACUGCAUUGGCUCCCCUCCACCCAGGUCACAACUGAGCCUCAGAGGGGAAAGGGUGGAAACUGCCAGAGGGAAGGGAGGAAAGGAGGCUCGGGUCAUGGAUUCGCCCCAAUUCCAGUUGGUAUCCUUGCCUCCCUUGCUCUCCAUCACUGGGCCUACAUCCAGACAACCAAAAGUGCCCCCCAAAUAAAAUGCAGGGCAUGAGACCCAGUGAUGACCAAAGUUGCAGCUGCUGCACCUUGCCACUUGUAAUGAAUGCGUAUAAGUCUCCUAGUUUGGAGGGUUAAAAGCAAUCUCUCACAAGGACAAUAGGAUUGUGCUCUUACUCUUUCAGAUAAUUCUUUCAGGUGAAGCUGUUUGAAUAAAUGGUGAGUCUGUGUUGUGAAUGUUAGCUAUUUACUUUGUAUUAAACUAUAGAAGAGCUGCUGAGGUGCUUCCACUUGAGAAAAACAAUUCUUAACCUAAAAUACAGGUAUUUUUGCCAGUUCGGAUAUGUUUUAGCACUCCCUAUACUCUUCAGCCUAGUCAAGUUGUGAGUCCUGGAGGAAAUUUCCCAGAAAGGUGUAUAAUUUCCCUGCUGACCUGGUGUUUUUUGCCCUGCUCCAAAUAUUUUUGCACGUCGUGCCCUCCCCGUAACUUGCUGCUCUUGUGAGUAUCUUGGCUCUCUUGAAUCAGGUUACAGUACUGUGGAUGAGUUCUGAUAACAAGAAUAUUCCCUGUUGUCGUUGUUUUACUAGGCAGACUUGCUUAAGGUAGGAGAUUUAUUUAUGUUCAUUGUGAAAAUCACUAAUUUGUAGAGCCCCUUCCUCAACAGGCCUGUGUUCCAGACUAGCUUAUAAUACCAACAUUCUGUUGCACUGCAAAGAGAUGGUGCAGUUCCAGUAUUCCCUUCUCACAGACAUAUGUUCAGUAUAGUCAUGUUAGAAAAGUGCUCACAAGGUUGUUCCCACAGCUGCCUCACCUGGUGAUCUUUAGCACAGAGACCACAUUGUAGAGCAAAGGUUCAGUAGAGCUACCCCACCCGGGAAGUACCAGCAACUACAGGGGUAACUCCACAGCCAGUUCAGGGAGCAAGCAAGUCCUCCAGGAAAGAGUGCUCAUGUUUGUGCAGUGUUUGCUACAUUUCGUGGAGACAGGGUGGGGGGUGGAAAACCAGCCUGAGGGGGUCCGGCAUGGAACAAGUGGGGGAUCUCUCCAAUAAUGGCUACAGAGUUUCUGAUACACCAGCCAGUACGUAUCUCCUCUUUCACAUGUUUCUUCCCACUUCCAAUUGUUCACAAAUAUACAGGAUGUCUCUAUAAAAAACUAGUAGGUUGUAACAUCUAUGUAGAUCAAAAUAUAUUCAGGUUUUUUGGUUAUACAUAUAGUAAGACUAAUUUGAACCUUAUUCUUUCCUAUUUGUCCUUACGAAGUGUUAGGGAAGGAAAAACCCAGUGUGAAUGCCCAAAGGCUAAAGAUGCGGAGAUUUCUCACUCACGUGCGAAUCUUAUAAGCCAUAUAUGGUAUGUCAGACUCUCAAUGGACACUUUAGGAGAAAUUAUGAAAUAUGGAUGUCAAGGAAAGUGUGACAUACUCACAUCUUUAAAAUGCAAAGUAGGGAAAAUUAAUGUCUGAAGCAGCCCUAAAACUUUAAAACUGGCCAGACCUAAAAACAGAAAUGUAACUGAAGAAAUACAUGUUCAUUUUUUAACCUCAAGGGAUAUACAGAACAGUAGGCCUUAAUCAUGCUUGAGAAAGGAGCUUGCAAAAUUUUGAAUAUGCCAUGGAAUAUAAUUGGAGGGUAACACACGGAUGGGUGCAUCUGAUGAAGUGGUUCUGGCCCAUGAAAGCUUAUGCCACUAUAUAGUACUUAGCUUUUGAGGCACUGCAAGACUCUUGGUUGUUUUUGCACAGAUAGGUGCAGUUUAUCACCUCUAAUUUUAGAUACCACAAAUACCUUUAUGUAACUCUGCAGCUGAAAUCAGGUCUGCAGAGCUAAGCAUUCAGAUAUACAGUAAUAAACAUAUAUGCACAAAUCCAAAAGGAUAUGAAGUGGGUCUUUACAAGUAUACAUGAAUGAAUGUAAAUAGUUCCACAGAAAUGUGCGUGUUGCAUGGAUAAAGUAAGAAAGUUGAAGACUUUACUGUAUAUGAGUGUCUGAUGAAUAUACGGAAUUCCUGCUUAGAGCAGGAGGAUAAAAGGCCAAAUUAAAUGUUACCCACGAGGGAGGACAAACAUUUCCUUAUGGUGUUUGUUUUUAAUGUAAUGCUACUGCAGGGGGCUCCAAUGUAACUGAGCCCAUGGGGAGAGAAUAUAUAGCUAUUUCCCCAUAACCCUCUUUCCCCAUUAAAAAAAUCUCCCCAUACGCUUUUCUCCCUGCAGGGGAAAAAGCUAUGUAAACACAGUAUCUUUCUUUUUGCAGUGAGUCAAGCACAAGGGGAGGGUGAUUUUUUAGUAGUCAGAUGACUGAUCGGGAAAGAGUUAAAUAUCCUCUUCCCACUGCUGCUGCUGCUCCAAAUUUGGGGACACUUGACAGGGCUGCAUUAAAAUCAAAUAAGAGCCAUCAGGAGAUGCUUCAGGUCUACAGCACUGCAUUUAGUUUGGCCUAGACAACAUGCUUUGAGCAUCACGGAUUUUUUUAAAAUAUGAAUGCAUGACUUUCCUCUUUUUAAAAAUAAGUUGUUGUUGCUGUUGUUGUUGUUGUUCUUCUUAUUAUUAUUCCUACUACUACUAUUACUAUUAUUAUCCUAUGCUGAUAAUGAACAUGUCACAGCUCAAGUUAUGCCAUGUGUGUAUACGACUCGCCAGCCCUGUGAUCACUGUGAUUUAAUAUAUUUUAAGUCAACGUAUGGCGCUUUUGUCCAGGAAGGUGGAGAAAAUUGAAAAUACAGGAUGAGCAAUGAAUUGAGCAGGAGUUGAUUUUUUUUUUCAAUAUAACACUCUCAUUUUAACAUUGCAACAUUUAGCUAGAUGGUUAAUUUUGACUCUGGAACUGACAAACUGCUUUUCUGCAGUCAGUUUUUUGUUUUUUGUUUUUUUUUUAUAAAUGGCAUUUCAGGUUUUACUGCCACUUGUACAGCAUUUGUAUAUAGGGAUUGCUGAGAAACACAUGCUGAGCAGGGAGUUUACAAAUUUAAAGUGAUGAUUGGGUAAUUAUUAUCCUAAAACUUCCGCUACCUCUUCCUUUAUGUGUUGUUCCUUCUAUUGUAAAAAUAUAUAUAUAUAUUAUGUUGGAGGGGCUAUACAUAUUAGUCUAAAGUGGCUGUUUUGGGCAGUCCAUAAUUGGUUUUUGUGUUGCUUGUUGAAUUACAUAUUUCCCUUUUUGCCAUCUGGUUGAAACUGGAGGAAAGCCACGAAAGCCACCAAGGUUGACUAGGUUUGCCAGCUCUUCAUACUCAGACAAGACAUAUUGCAAAGCACAGCUGGUCAGUAUUGUCUAAAAUGCAAGCAUCUGGUUGGAUUUCACAGUAGCAGUUCAUAUAUAAAAUGAACCUCAUUUUAUUCUGCAGUACUACUAGUGAAGACAAAUCGUAGAAGCCAGUGACACUACUCCAGCACCUGAAGGAUGACAGUCCAAACCCUACAGCUUUAUUUUCCAAAGCAGGCGAUCCCAAUCUGUUCUGUGUCUGGGAUUACAUGGGUUGCUUGGUCUUUAGCUAAAACCUUGUCCAGGACGUGAUGGACUGUGUGGAGGCCUGCCUCUCAUGUUCUUGGUGGUCAGAGCCAUCUAAAUACUGCCAUCCAGUGUGUGGUGUUGAGGGGGAGCAGGUCAGUUGCCAUCACUCCCACCUGUCCCAAGCGUCCAGUUUCUAUCCUGCCCUUCUGGAGGUGACCAUGCAACCUACUUGCUGAAACCUUUGAUCUCCAAAGGACCAGGGAUGGGGGCCCUCAGACCAGAGGCCAGUCCUGGCCUUCCUGGUGACCUCUCUCAUCUACUCCUUCCCGCAAACACAACUCAUUUUCCCAGCUUCUGUGCAGCAUUUCCCUUACCCUUGAGGUGGCUUUCCUAAGGCCUAAAUGCUGGCAUUAAGUACUGUCAGCUAAUAUAUGGAGGUAAUAUUUGUACUUCUGGCCCCAGUCCUUUCUGCUUCACCCCACCUGCCAUUGGCACGCAGCCCCCGAAAGCUCAGAUUCUGCAUUUGGCCAUGAGACUGGCAGAGGCUCCCUGUCGCUGCCAGAGAAGUAUAUAUCUGGGUCCCAUGAAGAGUAUGUUCGUUUUUUUCCUAACUGUAUUAUAAAAGAAACAGGAUAAGACAUUAUGAGUAAAUCAAUAGGUGGUUUUAAAAAUCUUUCAGAUCUCCUGCCAAAGCUCCCUAUUUAGUUAUGUUUCAUGCAUACCCAUGCAAGACUUGACUGCUUGGCAUAAUCCUCGUGGGCUCCUGUGGAAGAUAAGCACGUGCUUCCAUUCUUUCCAGAUUCAGUACUGAGCUGUAGCUUCAGACCCACAAUCAUGCAACCGACGUGAUUACUGAAAUUAGGACUAGCGUGUGAUCUACUAGCAUGAUUGCAGGGUUUUAUUAAAAUAGGAGGUAAUUGUCCAAACGUGUGUGGUGGUAGCGAGAUAGCACAUCAGAUGUUAUUUGAUCCGAUUUUUGCAGAGCAUUUAUAUUUUAUUUUACAAAACAUUGUGUAAUACUUAGUGACCUAGGAGUAAGGGAGCAGGGGAUUUUCAUGGAAUGAGGUGGAAAAUACCUAGCCAAUGGCUUACUUUUUGUUUCUGUAUAUAAUGUACAAAUGAUAAUGACACAGCAGUGUGAAAAUUUUAAAAAAGAGUUUUUUGAGUUUUUUAUUACCUCAUUCAACAAAUUUGUUUUACAAAGACUCAAUGACACCUUAUUUAUAUUGUUUGUACUGUAAUUAAAAAUAUUGAUACAUUUCACUUUGUGUAUUGUUUCAUAUGAUCCUGUUUGAUUAAAUAUGUCCAUGUAUA